GAACCGAAUGCGGAGGAGAGGGCUGGGGGCAGAGGUGGGCUCAGCUGCGCCUCCUCUAGGCCAGGGCCCUCCGCAGGCAAGCCGGGCUGCGGUUUCCUUCUUCGCCCCCGAGCCCUCCUGCUUUGCAGCUCCACCCACCGGGAAGCUACUACAGCGCCUGCGUCAAUUCUGCCCUGCCUAGUUCCCCGGCUACUGACCGGAUGUUAGCCGAUUUCCCAUAGUGCCUUGCGAGUGGCGGGCAUGAGAGUAAACUACAGAGGGUCACCAGCGGGUUCUGUUCGUCAUUGUUGGAGUUCUGUUGUGCCGCGGGGGUGUAGGAGGGUGGCGCCUGGUCGCUGCCUCGUAAGUUGGUGCAAUGGCGCUUUUCCGGGGCGUGUGGAGCGUGCUGAGUGCACUGGGAAAGUCCGGAGCGGACCUCUGCGCGGGCUGUGGAAGUCGACUGCGCUCUCCCUUCAGUUUUGCAUAUGUACCGAGAUGUUUUUCAUCCACCGUGAAUAGUUAUCCAAAGAAGCCUCUGACUUCAUACGUUCGAUUUUCUAAAGAACAGCUACCCAUAUUUAAAGCUCAGAACCCAGAUGCGAAAAAUUCAGAACUAAUUAGAAAAAUUGCCCAGCUAUGGAGGGAACUUCCUGAUUCAGAGAAAAAAAUAUAUGAAGAUGCUUACAGGGCAGACUGGCAGGCAUACAAAGAAGAGAUAAACAGAAUUCAAGAACAGUUAACUCCAAGUCAGAUUGUAUCUUUGGAAAAAGAAAUCCAGCAAAAACGUUUAAAAAAGAAAGCAUUAAUAAAAAAGAGAGAGUUAACAAUGCUUGGAAAACCGAAAAGACCUCGCUCAGCUUACAACAUUUAUAUAGCUGAAAGGUUCCAGGAACAUAAGGAUGGUACAUCACAGGUAAAGCUGAAGACUAUAAAUGAAAACUGGAAGAAUCUCUCCAGUUCUCAAAAGCAAGUGUAUAUUCAACUUGCUAAUGAUGAUAAAAUUCGUUAUUAUAAUGAAAUGAAAUCUUGGGAAGAACAGAUGCUUGAAGUUGGACGAAAUGAUCUUCUGCGUCGCACAGUAAAGCACCAAGCAAAAAAUGGCAUUGAAGAGUAUUAAAAUAGAAGAUUGAGUUAUGUUCAUAAUGGAUAGACACAAGAAACCAAUUAGGUCUCCAUAUCUGAUGCUGUUGAAAAUUAGAAAGGAUAAAGUUGGUGAACAUUUUAUAUUUAAUUCCUUUUUCUUUAGCCCAUGGACUUCUGCCAGUUCAAUACAUUUUGUAUUAGUAUCUUGCUUUGGAAAACCCAAACAGAUAAAAAGUUCAUGUGAAAUUUACUUUGUGUUAAGGAACUACUGAGAAUCACAAUAAUCCAUGAAAUGCAGUAAAUCAUUUUACCUUUGA